GGGGUCCUGGUGACGCCAUCUGUCAUGAAGCGCCCCCUGCCCAGAGCAGCCCUGCCUCUCGCACCGUCCACUUCUCGCCGCGCUUCCGAGCAGGGAAGGUGGCCUGUGAGUACGGCAUGGUGCACGUGGUGUCCGAGGCCGGGGGCCCCAAAGGCAAAGACUACUGCAUCCUCUACAACCCGCAGUGGGCCCACCUGCCGCUCGACCUCAGCAAAGCGUCUCUCCUGCAGGUGCGGGACUGGACGACCUCCGUGCUCUGCUCUCCGGCCGACCUCCCUGCCAAAGGCUUCAGUAACCAGAUCCCCCUGGUGGCGCGGGGGAACUGCACCUUCUACGAGAAAGUGCGGCUGGCGCAGGGCAGCGGGGCGCGCGGGCUGCUCGUCAUCAGCAAGGAGACGCUGGUCCCCCCAGGAGGCAACAAGACGCAGUACGACGAGAUCGGCAUUCCUGUGGCCCUACUCAGCUACAAAGACAUGCUGGACAUUUUCGAGACUUUCGGCCGGGUGGUACGGGCGGCGCUGUACGCCCCCAAGGAGCCCAUGCUGGACUACAACAUGGUCAUCAUCUUCAUCAUGGCUGUGGGCACCGUCGCCCUCGGGGGCUACUGGGCCGGGAGCCGGGACGUGAGGAAGAGGUACAUGAAGCACAAGCGGGACGACGGGCCCGAGAAGCACGAGGACGAGGCCGUGGACGUGACGCCCGUCAUGAUCUGCGUGUUUGUGGUCAUGUGCUGCUCCAUGCUGGUGCUGCUUUACCACUUCUACGACCAGCUCGUCUACGUCAUCAUCGGCAUCUUCUGCCUGGCCUCCUCCACGGGCCUCUACAGCUGCCUGUCGCCGCUCCUCCAGAGGCUGCCGUUCUGCAGGUGCAGGGUCCCCGACAACAGCCUGCCCUACUUCCACAAGCGCCCCCAGGUCCGCACGCUGCUCCUGGCGCUGCUGUGCCUGGCCGUCAGCGUGGUGUGGGGCGUCUUCCGGAACGAGGACCAGUGGGCUUGGAUCCUUCAGGACGCGCUGGGCAUCGCCUUCUGCCUCUACACCUUGAAAACCAUCCGCCUCCCCACGUUCAAGGCCUGCACGCUGCUGCUGCUGGUGCUGUUCAUCUACGACGUCUUCUUCGUGUUCAUCACGCCCUUCCUGACCAAGAGUGGGAACAGCAUCAUGGUGGAGGUGGCAACCGGGCCGUCGGACUCGGCCACCCACGAGAAGCUCCCCAUGGUGCUGAAGGUGCCCCGACUCAACGCCUCGCCGCUGGCCCUGUGUGACCGGCCCUUCUCCCUCCUGGGCUUCGGGGACAUCCUGGUCCCAGGGCUGCUCGUGGCCUACUGCCACCGCUUCGACAUCCAGGUGCAGUCCUCCAGGGUCUACUUCGUGGCCUGCACCAUCGCCUACGGCAUCGGUCUCCUGGUGACGUUCAUGGCGCUGGCCCUCAUGCAGCGCGGCCAGCCCGCCCUCCUCUACCUGGUGCCCUGCACGCUCGUCACCAGCUGCGCCCUGGCGCUCUGGCGCAGGGAGCUGGGCAUGUUCUGGACGGGCAGCGGCUUUGCGAAGGACCUACCUCAGUCGCCGUGGGCGCCCGCCUCCGCCGACGGCCCGCAGCCCCAGGCGGACUCCGACGCCACCCCCUCCCGGCCGCCUCCCGGCCAAGAAGCGGCCCUGUCCCCUCCGCCCGCGGAGCAGCCCCCGGAGCCGUCCGCGCCCGAGGAGAGCGGGGCCGGCGCGCCCCCCCAGGAGACCGAGAGUCCGACCGGCCUCGCCCCCGGCCCUUCGGCCUAGGGGAGGGCGCAGACUCGGCCCCCGCGCCCCGGGACUGGACCCGCGCGGCCCCCAACUUGGUGCUCUGGUCUGGCCGAUGCGCACGUCCUGCUCCAGCCCGGCCACACCCCGGACCCCAGCCCUGCUCCGAGCUCGCGUGGCCAC